GAGCCGCUGUCCAGGAGGAGAGGUGCAGGAACGGCGCCAGGUUGGUGCGGAGCAAGGUCCGAGAGAGCGUGACUGGGGAGUCGGAGUUCCAGGGCGCCAGCCCUGAAUGCAAGGGCUCGUUCGGGGGCGGGCGGCCGCCGAGUGGGGCGGUCAGCUGGCGGAGGUGUCCGGAGUGCCCUUGGCGAUGGGGGCGGCAGUGA